CCCUCCAAAAGACCCCUGUUUGUAUUUGCAGCAGUACGCUUGCAUCAUGCAGCAUGUGUGGUUGAAAGCUUGGGCAACUGGAGUGCUUGUAUGAGGAAGGAACGAUGAAGAGUGACAUUGUCGGAGGACAUGAGGCUACGCCUCACUCCAGGCCGUACAUGGUGUCUCUUCAGCUUAACAAGAGUCAUAUCUGUGGUGGAAUGCUGAUCAGGAAAGACUACGUGCUUACUUCAGCCCACUGUGUGAACAAUAGCGGAUGCUCUGGGAAGAACCAGCUGGAAGUAGUUCUAGGAGCUCAUAGGAUCACAGGAAGGGAGUUCGGCCAGCAGAGAAUCGCAGUGCAGAAGUGUGUCAAGCAUCCAGAUUACAAAAAGAAUGAAAUGCACCAUGAUGUCAUGCUACUAAAGCUGAAGACCAAAGCAACUCUAAACAAGUUUGUAAAGGUCAUUGCUCUUCCUAAGAAGAAUAAGGACAUUCCGGCCAAUCAGAAAUGUUCUAUAGCAGGCUGGGGCAUGAUGGUACCAAAUGGCUCUGUGUCAAAUGUCCUGCAAGAGGUCACACUCAAACUUCAGUUCAACUUUGAAUGCAAAAGUAUAUGGAAGAUGAAUUUUGACCCUCACCACAUGAUCUGCACUGUGUCUGAUGGUAAAAUGGCUUUUUGUCAGGGUGAUUCAGGAAGUCCUCUUAUCUGUAAAAAUAAGCCACAGGGAUUAGCUUCCUACACUUUUCAUGGCAAUUGUGCAAAGCGCAAGUACCCUGAGGUAUAUAUGAAGAUCUCCUAUUUUGUUCCAUGGAUUAAAAAAGUUAUGGGUUAGAGUGGACAUGGAUGUACUGUUUUUUGUAUUGCAAUCCCUCUCCAGUAAAUGAUGUACUGAACUCAUAA